AUGGAUCGUGGUCUGACCGGAGAGCUAUCCCCAUGUGCAUUGCAAUGUCUGCAGAAGACUGUCCCGGAAGUGUCCUGCACACUCAAUGACAUUGCUUGCCAAUGCGCGAAUGAAGGCCUCCUUAAACUUCUGUCACGCUGCAUGGUUACGAACUGUACUAUGCUCGAGUCACUUGAGCUGGUCAAACUCGAGGCGGUACAAUGCAGCCUACCCCGGAAUAACCACCACCAGCUCGUCGUGGGGUUUGCAAUUGCAACGCCAGUUGUGACUUUCACGAUGUUAUUCUUGCGGGUUAUAUCUAGGUUAUGGAUCAUCCACGGACUGUGGUGGGAUGACUGCAUGCACAUCAUUGCGGGUGUAAGUUUGCUCCUUGGUACCAGUUCCCAGGUUCUUUGGCACGAGCUUAAGACUGACCCUGGCGGCUCAUUAUUGAAGGGAUUUGCAAUACCUUUAACCGUUUUUGCGAACCUCUGCUCCGAUAAUGGCUUUGGAUACCAUCUCUAUGACAUCGACGUCAGGUCAUCCUCGCAAAUAUCGCACCUGAUUUUCUGGUGGUAUCUUUGUAUGAUAUUAUGGCCUUGUACGAUCUUUUUCAUUAAGUUGUCUAUCCUCUUUCUUUAUCUCCGUAUCUUUCCGCACCGCACUUUCAAGGUGAUGGUUUACAUCUCCAUGGGCAUCUUAACUUUGUCUUUUCUGGUCCUUAUGCCAAUGGCCAUUUGGCAAUGCAACCCGAUUCAUGCCGUCUGGGACUUCGACAUCAAAAAUGCACAUUGUUUGAGUAUAUCCAAUAUCGCGUACGCCAAUGCUGCCGUCAAUAUCGCAACGGAAAUAAUGAUAUUCAUUCUCCCCCUGCCCGUGCUCCGGACACUGCAUGUCCCCAGCAAAAAGAAGAUGGCACUCUGCAGUAUAUUUGGCAUUGGUGUAAUUGUCAUUGCGAUCGCCACGGCACGCCUGGGCACGCUCUCCAGUGUGGGAACGUAUAAUGACCCCACUUACUCUCAAGUUCCUGUUUACGUCCUCAGCUGCGCCGAGACAGGGAUGGCUCAUAUCUGCGCAGCUGCGCCGGCGUUGUACAAAUCUGUUGUCGAGACCAAGCGUAAUGCAUUUCCAACAACCGAGCCCGCUCCUGUCGCUUUCGCGCAGAGGCUUUCGGAGACAAGCUCUCCACCGGGGUCAAGUCAACAAGCAAAGAACAAAAUUUACCAUUCGUCGAUGAACCUGUCGGACCUGGCGAUUAUGGGCCGUGCUUGGACACAGGAUCAGGAUAUCGAAUACACUCCGUCGUCUCCUGCUCACCCGGACGUCUCGCCAUGUAUUGACGCUCACCACGCCGACCCAGAGUCUGCCUAUGGGCUAAAGUAA